UAAAAAGGGGUGCGCAUGCGCCGCUCUGGGGAGGGUGUGGCCGCCUCUUCCAAUGGCAUCUCGGGCCGCCGUCUGCGCGUGCGCACAGAGGGGGACCCUGGGGCGCAUGCGCGCUCUUCACGCGAGUCCCUCCAUGUGGCGGAGGUGGCGGCGGCUGAGGUCAGUAGUACACGCGUCAGCGGCGGAGUCGGGAUGGAGUGUCUUCCUGUCCUACUGCUGCUGUCAGUCGCCGGGCGGCUCCGCGCCAGGCAUGCCGACUCCUUCCUGUGCACCCUCGGGGAUUUUUCCUGCGACAACGGAGACCUGGUGCCACUCUGCUUGAGGUGUGACAGGACACCGGACUGCCGAGACGGGAGCGACGAGAGGGGCUGCAGCACUGGAAAUGUCUCCUGCGGACCUCACGGGCGGCAGUGUGGCAACCGGGGGCCUUGCUUGCCCUUCGAACGGUUCUGCGACGGUCACGCAAAUUGUCCGGAUGCUUUUGACGAAUCAAUCCAGGUCUGUGGGUCCCCAGCCGCAGCGCCGCAGCCGCCCAGAUGCCGAAAAGACGCGUUCCGGUGUGCUCCGGGUGCAGAGUGCUUCCCUGUCACGUGGGUGUGUGACGGACACCCCGACUGCCCGGACGAGCGAGAUGAACUGGGAUGCACCCUGGAUUUCCCAAGUACUACAGAGACCUCGCCAACGACGUCCGGAACAGAGAGCGCGGAGAGCCCGGAAGGUGUGAAAAUGGACCAUUGGACGAUCAUAGCCAUUGUUGCACUUCUGAUUCUUGUCAUGGCCGGAGUUGCCGUUUCUGCGUGGGUUUGUCCCAGAGCCAAACCUGUCUACGUGAGCUUCCGCAUCGAUAAAGCUUCUGAGCAGCUGAUGACGAAAGAGCUGCCAUGAGGUUUCCCUUCCUGCAAGGAAGCGGCCAUGUUUUCUCACACAGUCCUGCGGCUGAAGCGCAGCCCAGAACAUUGCACGGGGCCGCUGUGGCCCCCGACUGGGUGGCAGCCAUGCUGGGGGAGCCUUGAAGGCUUGGAUGUCUCUCCACCUUUGGGGUAGCAGAAAUGGUUCUGUUUUCUGGAUUGGAUUCUGAAAAAGAAAAAGAAAAGGUCCCCAAAGGCUUUUUUGGGGAACCCCCUCCUCCAGAUCUUGUUGAAAUGGAACUCCCAUCUUCCUUCACCACCAGAACGGAUGGGAAUUGUAGUCCAGCAGCAUCACUCCAAGCCGCCAGGCAAGUUCUCUCUUGAACAACCAUAUCCUGUCCAUUCGUGCCCCUUCUCCAAGAGACAGCCUGAAUCGAGAACUCAUGGUGUGCUUUUCCAAGCUGUGGGAAGGAUCUCUGGGGUAGAUUUUCCGCUUUCUUAGUAGCCACAGCUGCUGUAGCAUCCGUCUGUGGGUGCUUGGUAACAAACCGGGCUCUUCUUCCCAACACGCCACGUAAUGAAUGAUUUCCAUUCUGCCCCCUCCCCAUUUCCAACAUUUGGUAGCCACUGUGAGUGAUCAACUUUGGCACAAGGCUUUAUAGAUCUGACUCCUGGAAAGACUAAGGAAAGGAGGCGACAGAGCUUAAAAUAGUCAUUGGGGG